AAAAUGUUUUGUCUAAAUACCAGGAAGAACUCCGCGUAGCCCAGAUGUUCAAAAAUCUUUUCAACUGACUGGGACUAAGCACAAUUGAAGAGACAAGAGAUGCCACCUCGAUACACCAUCGUUUUUGAACCAGAGCAAGACGUCUACACCACGGGAUGUGUGUUGAGAGGUCGAGUAUGUCUGGACCUCGCCGAAAAGAUAAACACAAAGGGUAUUUUCAUACACAUCACUUGUAAAAGUGUAGCAAGGUGGACGAGACAAAAAACAAUCUACUUUUCAAAACAAAGGUACUUGGAUAAAGUCAUCGUCCUUCUAGCUCCAGAAAACAAGGUGAAGCAGUUAUCGAUUGGCAAGUACGAGUUCCCGUUUCAGGUGGAGCUUGACGAAAGGCUCCCCUCCACCUUCAUCACCCCAUCCUUCUCUUUCCUGACUCCUGGAGGUCGUGUUUUCUACACAGCCAAGUGCAUAAUCCAGAGGUCAUGGUCGUCCGACAUUGUCUUUAAACGAGAGUUUCGUGUGCUGCGGCAUUUCGACCUCAACAAGUUGACGGCAGGCAGGCAACCUGUUCAGAUGUCUGAUGAAACGAACGUCUGCUGCCUGUGUUGUAUGUCCGGCCCCAUCCAUGUUGACUUUACAGUGGACAAACAGCUGUACGUGCCAGGAGAGGGCAUCCGCGUGUCUGCUGAGGUGGUCAAUGACUCCAACAUGAAAACAUCGAGCUGUUCCGUGAACUUGAUCCAAGAAACAACACUCCACGGCAAAGACGGCGCCUCCUACACCAUGAGCGAAAUUGUGGCGUCGUUAGUGAAACCUGGCGUGGCUGCCCAUAAGACAGGGAGUUGGUCCGACGUCCUCACAGUUCCACCACUUACUCCUUCUUUCCUGCAAGGCUGCCUCAUCAUUGAUCUGAAGCAUACCCUAGAGCUGCACAUGUCGGGUAUACGCAAGGUUAUGGUAGUUGUGAUCGGGUCGAUACCCUUGUCCAGCACAGGACAGCAGGAGGCCGGACAGUAAUGAUAAUUGGCGUCAGACAGAACUGGCUUUAAUAUGUAGCUAUUAUUUGUCUUCCCUGCGAAACAACACAGUAGCUCCUUUUUGCUACCAGUCGUCUGGUUUUCGUUGACAGUUGUUCAUGUACCUUCGAUGUAUGCCGCUUACAGAAAAAUGUAAUCAGUGCUUAUACCAAAACAC